GCAGUGGAACGACCCUCGUCUGGCGUACAGCGAGUACCCCGACGACUCGCUGGACCUCGACCCCUCUAUGUUGGACUCCAUCUGGAAACCUGACUUGUUCUUCGCCAAUGAGAAGGGGGCCAACUUCCACGAGGUCACCACCGACAACAAGCUGCUGCGCAUAUCUAAAAACGGCAACGUGCUCUACAGCAUACGAAUAACACUGAUCCUGGCCUGUCCCAUGGAUCUGAAGAACUUCCCGAUGGACGUCCAGACCUGCAUCAUGCAACUGGAGAGCUUCGGAUACACCAUGAACGACCUGGUGUUCGAGUGGGAUGAGAAGGGAGCCGUGCAGGUGGCCGACGGCCUGACGCUACCUCAGUUUCUGCUCAAAGACGAGAAGGACCUGCGCUACUGCACCAAGCACUACAACACAGGUAAAUUCACGUGCAUCGAGGUGCGUUUCCACCUUGAGCGUCAGAUGGGCUACUACCUGAUCCAGAUGUACAUCCCGUCUCUGCUGAUCGUCAUUCUGUCCUGGGUCUCCUUCUGGAUCAACAUGGACGCCGCGCCCGCCCGCGUGGGUCUGGGCAUUACCACCGUGCUGACCAUGACCACGCAGAGCUCCGGGUCCAGAGCCUCGCUGCCCAAGGUGUCCUACGUCAAAGCCAUCGAUAUCUGGAUGGCGGUGUGUCUGCUGUUCGUGUUCUCGGCGCUGCUGGAAUACGCCGCCGUCAACUUCAUCGCCCGCCAACACAAGGAGCUGCUGCGCUUCAGACGGAAGCGACGACACACAAAGGAGGACGAGACAGGCGAGGGCCGCUUCAGUUUCCCGGGUUACGGCAUGGGUCCCGCGUGCCUCCAGAACAAAGACGGCAUGGCCAUCAAAGGAAACAACAACAACGCCCCACCCACCACCAACCCGGGGGAGAAGACCAUCGACGAGAUGAAGAAGCUGUUCAUCGGCCGGGCCAAACGCAUCGACACCGUUUCCCGCGUGGCCUUCCCCCUCGUCUUCCUCAUUUUUAACACUUUCUACUGGAUCACUUACAAGAUCAUCCGCAGCGAGGACAUCCACAACAUGACUUAGUCGAGAGGCGCAGGAGGAGGAAAACAGUGCGAAGAAGACGAGACACAAAAAAAAGGAAAGGAAAACGGAGAGAGAUGACUUCAAAAGGAGAGAUCAUUCAUUGCCGCCCUGAUUUUCGAGUCUCCUUUCCUUGACUUCCUCGAGGAUAAGUUGCUUUUUCGCCUCCCUCAACCCCUCCCAAUAGACAUUAUUUAUUGCUUUCUUUCCCCUUUAUUCUCCUCCCAGAAUCCCAACUAAUUCCGGCUCUUUACACCUCCUGAAUAAUCCGGAACCAGUGCAAUAGCAAUGCAGUAAAAUGCAUGAUAUAUGAAUGUGGCAAUAUAUUAAUGAAAAAGAUGACAAAGCAAACAGACUCUUGGAGCCCAACAAACUGUGUGGGAUUGGACGGAGACAGAUAUAUAAUUCUAUAUGAAAAAGAGAUGUCGGGACGGGGGUGGGGGACGUACGAGAAGCAGUGUAAUAUACUCAUAUAUCUAUCAUAAAACGGAGAAAAAAAUAACUUUAUUUGCAAAGGCGGGCAUCUGGAAAAUGAGGGAUUUUUUCACAACCCCACCAAAAAAAAGGGAAGAAGGCAGAUUGGUGCUUCCAUUAAAUAAAUCGAUGCAAGGAUCACGCAUUCUAUAUAUCUAGAUUUGCUUCAAAAUGUGUAUUGCAAGCACUCCUCAACGCUUUUUCCUCCCCGCCAACAAACCUCCGACUGAGAGAGGUUUUCUCUGCUGCCGCUGUCAAACGUACGACUGGACAAACGAAAAAAAAAAUCGAGUAACACUGAAACGGGCAGUGCUGAUUUUGAGACAAAAUAUCAAACGUAUCUGUGGUGUUCCUCUACUUGUCCUUCAUUUAUCUCAUAUUUGUUUCUUAAUUUAUGUGCCAAGUAAACAACAGCUUUUUUCUCAAGAGGAAUGCGGAUUGUUGGACGUCGAAUUGAUCGGCGUUUCCUCGCGAAGCUUCUUCCGGGUUUUUCUAUUUUGUUUAAAUCCCUGGAUUUCCUCGUUGUGUUUAUGGGGGACAGAACCACAGAUAUGUUUACAUCCUUAUUAGUGCUUCCUUGCUUUGACCCCGCCUUAAUGUGACACCCUUCCCCAGCUGAGAGGACAUAUUGUAGUGAAUUGAAACAGAUUAUAGCACCUGUUAUACCUUAAUUAACUGUAUUUCCAUCUCAUUCACUGUAGCUGCGAGCGUCUUCAUUUGUGAAAAAGCUUCAUGGAGAAUUAAAAACUGGAUUUAUGUUUGCCAUGUUGGACGGGAUUCGAUCAUUCUGCAGGUUCAUCUUUUUUGAUUUGCGCCAGGCUUCUCUAUGCAAUGAUCAGUAUAUGCAAUUAUGAUUUUGCCUUCCUUUCAGCGACGCCAUCUUAAAACGUUCGUGAGUUGCUGCUGCCUCAUUCAUCCCUAAACAAACGGUAAAUAUUGAAGCAAUGCGGGAAGAUAGAGCGAUAAAACAAAGUCACUAAUUGCCAAAUUCCGGAGGGACUUUCGCCUCAUGAAGAAAUCAGCAGCAAACAGACUGAGUUUUAAAAAUUGGAAAGAGAGGUCACAGAAGUGGAUAAAAGUAUUUUUCUGCGCGAGCCGUAUUCCAGUUUUCUAAGACAGAACUCAAAAUGAACAAAUGAUAAUGACGUUGAGAUGUAUUUUGUUUAUGCAAAGUAAACAUUUGUUGUGUUAAAAGUCAAAGUAGUGACUGUAGUAACACAGAGAAUCCGAGGAAAUCCCAGUUUAAGUGUCAACCACUCGUCCACCAGCAGAACGACAGGAAAUAGAUCCUUUAUAGCUUCUAAUUGAACAAGAAAUCAACGCCGAUCUUCAAUAUCCAAUCACGUUGCUUAAUUGUUUGCCUUACUGAGCAUCGUAAUUGGGUUCUUUGUAGGUAAUAACAUAAAUGUGAUAGGCGAAAACCUCAAAAUCUGUUUUUACUGCCAGUGAAAUUACUCCCAAAAAGUUGUGGGGCUCUCAUCAAAAAGGAGAUAAGGUUAACCAGAUUACGUUUCGAAAUAAAAGACCUCACAUACAGGAAAACAUGAUUUAGUUCCAGUUAAAAUCUCCAUUAAAACGUCUCGUGUCAAAAUGUUUAAGCCCCGGUCCAACUUGGUUUUGACGCAAAACCAAAGAUGAUUUUUUUUAAUACAUUUCUCGUGUCGUUGUCAUUGCCUUUUGCUGCUGCUGUCGCCGGGCAAGUGGUUCAAGAUGUUUCUGCAGGAUGUGAAAUCAUAUUCAUUUUGUGUUUUCAAUAUGAUUGCCAGAUGCAGUAUUGCCAGAUUAACUUCAGAUAUUUAAAUUAAAUGAUAUAAUAUAUAUAAAGGCAUAUUUUGAUAUGAAACAUGUAUGUAUUUUCCCUCAACAAUCUUGUAUUUCCUUAUGUUUUAAACACCACCCCAUUAAUCCCUAUCUCUUUCCAAAUGCUUACAGUGUGUAAAAGAGAGUCUACAUGUACUACUAUGACUUUUAAUUCAUUAUUAUUAUUAUCAAAGUGUGUAAAACUGAUCCGAAGGGCUAUGCCACGCACAUACAUCCUUCUGUUCUGAGUCCAAAAUGUCAUGAUUUUAAAGUGGAAGUGCCAUAGCAUCAUUGCAAAAACGAUGCAUUUAAUUCAGUAACUCAUUCCCAGUAAAUCUUUAAAGGCCAUGAUCACCAAGGAUGCUUUAUUCUUCACUCUUUUUAAUGCAAACGGCUUGCAUUUAGGUUGUAAACCAUCAGAUUUAGACAAAGUUUAAAUUAGAAGUAUUAACGUUUUGUCUUUUAGCUUCAUGGCGAACAGUAUUAGCUUAAUAGCAUCCAUCCUUUUAGCGAAGCAACUCUACAUGUAGCUUUAUGAAGUCCAAAUAAUAAAAACAUUACAAUUUAUUUACCUAAAACCUCCCGAUAUCAACUAUUUUGCAAGGAAAUGCAACAAGACGUAGCGGGAGUAUCUAGCUAGUCAGCAAAGCUAGCUAGCAUACAUGAUACUUAGCUAGCUGUGAAUGAAAUUCGUGCAACUUUUAGAUUGAAUUUAUUUGUUUAUCCAAAUUGCAUGUGGUAUUUUUACGUGCUAGCACGCCAACAACAACAAGUCCCAAGUUUUUCAUAAAUGCAAAAGUUAUUUCGCUAGCAACUUGCUAACUACGUCGUCUCUUAUGUCGAAAUAAAAAACAUUACAGUUUCUCUAGCUAAAACUGCCAGAAAUCAACUAUUUGGCUUACAUCUGUAGAGAGAAACGUAGCAAGACGUGGAGAGAGUAGGCACAGAGUACUUUAGCUAGCUUGAUAGGACAUUCGUGCAACGUUUAGAAAGCAUUUAUUUGUUUGUCAAAAUGUCACCCUUUUAUUUUGGUCUUUAUUUCAUGCUAGCAUCACAGUUAGCACUCCAACAAAAACUAAGAGGACCAGUCAGAAAAGCUAGCUAGCAUACAUGCUAGUAAGCUAGCUGUGAGUGAUGUGUGUGCAACUUUUUAGAUAGCAUUACUAUAUUUCAUGGUAAAACUCAAACAAAAAAAGGCCAACGUUUUUCAGAAUAUUUUCUAAACUUGUCCUGCUAGCUACCUCAACUCUUAUGCUAAAGUACGUACACGCAACAUAGCAAUAUAUAAGAGGAACAGGCAUGGACUUUAAUCAGGUAAAGGGAAUUUAGUAACUAUUUUAACGAAUUACAGAUUUUUGUUGAAGGCAGCGCAAGCUAUUUACGAUAUGUAGCACUUCCUUACAAGUACCCAAAAUGUGUUCUUCAUACAAAUGAGUGAAUUUUAAGAAAAUAAGAUUUCAAAAUAUAUAUCUUUUGGGAGUCUAGCCGCUUCGUAACAAACCAGCCAAAGUAAAAACAAGAGGAUGCCAAGGAGUUUAAUUGGAAACGCCAAAAUAAAUUAUUGCUAAUCAAGAAAUAAAUAUAUAUUUUCUUGACUUUGAGCUCCGUAAAAACCAACAACAGUAAAAAUAAAAUUAAAAAAGCAAUAAGAGGAUGCUAAAGAGUUCAUGAUAGAGUCGGCCUUUUUACGUUUUCAUUGGAAAUGCCCAACUAAAUGGUUGGAAGUCAAGAAAUAAAUAUAGAUUUUGUUGAUUUUGGAUCUUCAAAUAUAACCUAGCAUCACUUCAAGUCCCUUCAGAGUGAAUUUAUGUCAUAUAGAUUAAAACACGUGCAUCAUUUGAGACGAGAGAACUCCGUAAAAAACAACAAAAGUAAAAAAACUGCAAUAAGAGGAUGCUAAAGAGUUCGUGAUAGAGGCGGCCUUUUACGUUUUCCUUGGAUAUGCCCAACUAAAUGAUUGCUAAUCGUGAAAUAAAUAUUGAUUUUGUUGAUUUUGGAUCUUCAAAUAUAACCUAGCAUCACUUGGAGUCCCUUCAGAGUCAAAGAUAGUCCGAAAACAACCCCCUUUGUUCCCUGUUUUUCGCCUCCUCUCUGAUCACGGCCUAGGAAAGCUCGGCCUAAUUAAGAUCCUUAUUAUUUGUAUGUAUGUUUCUUCGGUGCCAUAGACACUGCAUCUGGAACAAGUGAGAAGCACUGUCCUGUCCUCAUUUUGCCAACAGCAGUCGUCCAUUUUUCUAAAGCUUACAUAUCUUCUCGUGCCAUAUGGGGGUUGAAUAUGAGAAACAACGAGGACCUAUAAAGCAUAUCAUGCAUUCAUUCAACUACCAUGUUUACAUGAUUCAUACCCUUUUUUCCUCAGGCGUGGGUGUUGUGUAUACCAUAGUCAUUUUAGAGCUUUGUCAUAGGCCUCACAUCAUUGUAUUAAUCAUUGUUAUACUGUGUGGGUUGGGGGGAGGGGAGGGUUCAUAACAUGAGAUAGAAACUGGGUUUAUAUUGCAUUACGUUGAGAUGUGAUGCAUUCGGACUGAACAAUGGGAGAUGUGUUUUUUUCGGACGUUUAUAAAAAAAUCCUGAGGUUCUGAACUGGAUUUUAAAGUAGCAUGGUUUGAUUUGUCGGCGAUUAAUGACUCUAUCGGUUUCCGGGGGUUUGGGUUUCUCUUGUAUUUUAUUGUAUGUAUUGUACAAUCCGAAAGGGAGACGGGACAAAUACAGUGAAGCUGCUGUGAACUUAAAGGAAACAUUAUUAUGAUUAAUAUAUUUAUUUAUUUAUUUUUCUUUGCACAAGUUGGAAUGGCCUUAAUUUUUUGCUUUUACUUGCUUCUAUUGUGUAUUGGCACAAAGUGCACCCUGUUUGAUUUUUAGCAGAAAUGCUCAUUACGAUGCUUAUAAUCCGAAAAAGUGCACAUCGAAGCAGGAUGAUAUAAAAAAAAUAUAUAAGAAAAGUUCAGCAAAUCCUUUUUAUUUUUCAUUAAUCUGAGAAAAACAAUAUUUUGCAUGACUAUAAAUACAAUGGCAGAUAUUUUGGCUUGUACAAAAAAAUGUGAAGCAAUUUGAAGAGAAAAAAAGAAUGUACCGUUUCUGCUGUAUCUGUAUAUAUCUAAAUAUUUAUUGAAAUAUGUCAUACUACUAAUUCUAUUAACAAUUAAAGGUUUUCUGAACAAAA